AGACCUCAAACCAGGUAACUCUACUUCCGUUCACGUUGCCCGGAAAUGAUUGGUUGGCAUUGGCAACGUUUUAGCCAACGAUAGGCCUGGCUAACUUGCUGAAGCUAUACUUGUUUGGGGAAUAAAGAAAGCGAAAGGAAAAAGGAUCUGAAGACAGAGGUACAAUAGAAGCUAUCCAACGUUUCUCUCUCCAACUCCUACCAGCCCACCAGAGAGGAGUGAAGAGAGAGUGCAGACUGCAAACAGAAUGACAAGCUCGGCUCCCAGAAUGGUUAACAGCUACAAGCGAACCUCCAGCCCCAGAUCCCCCACCAACACUGGGGAGCUCUUCACUCCAGCACAUGAGGAGAAUGUGCGCUUCAUCCAUGAAACCUGGCAGUGUGUUCUCAGGGACAUCAGAUCACCGCAGAACAGCGAGCGCAACGACCGUGGACCCCAGGAGUACGUGGAGAAGAACCCUAACCCAAACCUACAUUCUUUUACACCAGUGGACCUGAGUGACAUGAAGAGACGCAACACACAGGAUGCCAAGAAGUCUUAGUCUCUUCCUGCCAGUCCGGCAGCUUCUCUCUCCACCUCGUACCCUCUGGAACUUGAUCCUAACCCAACCUCCUGUUAGCCUGCCAGCCUCUCUGGCCAGCUCAGAAUAUAGCCCCAUCCCUUCCUGUCUCUCUUUCUCUCUCUUCAUCUCUCUUUCUCUACCCCCUGGAUCACAACACACUGCCACUUUACUGUGGUACAGUGAGGCUGAUGUCCAGAAAUGAACAUCAGAGUUGAUAUGGUCCCCAUGCUCUCUCGCUCUCUCCCUCCGCCCCCGCCCCCCCCCUCAUAUGGAUGGAAUGCAAGAGGACUGGGAUCUUCCUCUUCUCCUGACUCUUGAUUCCUAAGUCAUGAGUACUUCAUGUUCAUUCAGUUUUUUUUUUAAUCGUGAACGGGACAGAUUCAGAGUAUCAAUGACAUGUGCUGAUGUACAAAACUGUACACAACCUUUUCACAGGGACUCACAUGAAAGACUGCAGUCUUAAAUAGAAACUCUUGUUUUCUUAUCAAUCUACAAACAUAACUAUGGAGGAGAAUGCUGAAGGGCUGACUUUUUUUUUUUUUUUUUGGAAGAGGAUAGUUUGAUAGCUGAAUUGUAGAUGUAUUGGAAUUUAAUCAAGACUGUACAGGCGAGUUUUGGAAGCCAAAUAUUAUUCAGUAGCCAUGCCAACAUUUUUAUUGUUAAUUAUGCCCCCAUUCAAAUGGACUUCAAGUAGACUCCCUGUCAGUAUACUGCCCUAAAUUGACUUCCCGGCCUCGAAACAAAACAUUGAAUAAAAACUUUUACUAUA